GGUCCUUGACCUGCGCGGCAGCUUCCGCCAUGCUCCUUAUGGUGGAGGCAUACGUUGUGUAACUUCCUUUCCCGACCGGAAGUGCAAGGUACUGCAAGUAUGGCGGCAUCGAAGGUGAAGCAGGACAUGCCCCCACCAGGGGGCUAUGGCCCUAUCGACUACAAGCGGAACCUCCCACGUCGAGGACUGUCGGGCUACAGCAUGUUCGCUGUGGGCAUCGGGACCUUGCUCUUUGGAUACUGGAGCAUGAUGAAGUGGAACCGUGAGCGCAGGCGCCUGCAGAUCGAGGACUUCGAGGCCCGAAUUGCACUGAUGCCUCUGUUUCAGGCAGAGAAGGACCGGAGAGUUCUCCAGAUGCUUCGGGAGAACUUGGAGGAGGAGGCAAUCAUCAUGAAGGACGUGCCGGACUGGAAGGUGGGCGAGUCGGUGUUCCACACAACACGCUGGGUCACCCCAAUGAUGGGUGAGCUCUAUGGGCUGCGGACCAAUGAAGAGAUUCUCAGCGCCACCUAUGGCUUCAUAUGGUACACGUAGGAACCUCCCCCUCCCCACCGGAGAGAAUAAACGCUCUGAAGACUGGC